UUGUGACUACUUGGUGAGCAUUUCCAGUGUAUGCUUGCUACACCUGGUGGUAGAGACUGGCUCUUUGUGAAAUGGUGGCUUUGGAAAUGGUGAACACUUGUCUUUAGCUAAAGGGCUGAUGAGUACCAUGGCCCAGAACUUUCUAGCACAAAGAGAGCCUCCACCUGCUCCCCAGCGGUGCCAUUUCUUGACCACUCAGCCAUUUCAGCUGAGAUCUAGUGCCUUCCAGAUGCAUGCAAGAAGAAUCCUUCCCAAGCCAAAGUCUUUCCCAGGGAAGGAUGAAUGACUCUUCCCUUUCAGCUUCAAUGGCAGUGUUCAUGGGAGUCACUAUGUCCUGGUCCUCAGUUCUGAAGGGUGUCCUUGCUGUCUGCAUCUUCACUCACUUAUUUGUCAGCUCUGUGGAGAGUUAUAGUUGUGACAACAAAGAAUGUUAUAAUGGGAGAUGCAAACCUAAUCCAAGGACUUGUGAAUCCUCUAAAGGCUGCUUCCACCUAGAGCAGGAAUUUAAAACACCAACUCCAUCCACAAAUGUAAGGGUCCAGCAGAAAGGCUGUUCUAAAGAUGGAUGUACUGAACUAGCAUUCUCAGCAACACUGGGACGCAAUCGGACAUUUAGAUAUGACCACCAAUGCUGCUACACUGAUCAGUGCAACAGGGAGCCCAAGCCAGUGUUCCCACCAUCUGCCCAACAGAACGGAGUUGAAUGUCCUGCCUGCUACAGCAAUGAUGACACUUGUAACACAGUUUCCCUGAAGUGCACAGGGGUAGAGACGAAGUGUGUUGAGGUUAUUGGCACAGAUGUGAUUGGGACCCUUUCUCACUUUGUGAUACGUGGAAUGGGUUGCGCCACUGAAACUGCCUGCAACUUGAAGAAUAUGACCAUCAUAGAAAAUGUAAAAAUCCAUACCUACUGCUUCAGUGGGAGCCCUUCACUCAGGCCCAUCUCAUUUGUUCUGGCUGGUCUCUUCCUGAUGAAAGCCUUGCUUUGAUCCUUUCGGGACUGUCACUCCCGUGAUCCUUCUCAUCUAAACACAUCAGCAACCUUUCAUGACUCCUUUACUAUCCAGGGAAGAAAUAAAAACCACUGAUUGUACU